AUGGCUCCAUAUCCGGAAAUCAAUCAGAGUGCUAGCUCGCUCGGGCUCGUGCAAUGGGUGUUCGACGUUUCCGAGAAAAAUACACUACUCCUCGUCCUUCCCGGAUAUAUACCGUCGAUUCCAACUGACUCUUCUGUCAUCGGGUCCAUCAAACGGCUUGUCAGCAAGUAUUGGCACAUCGUCGUUUCGACCAUCAGUCCGUAUAUCUUGACCAUAGGACAGAUCCUCGUCAACUAUUGGCGCGUAGCUGUGGAGACCAUAAGCCCGUAUAUCGUGACGAUAAAGAAGCAUGUCAUCCAGUACUGGCGCGCGGCGGCCGCUUGGUGCGCGGAACACCCCGCGCUUGUUGCAGCCUUGGUCGUCGCCCUCGGAGUCGGCGUCCUCUUCCUCGUGGCUCAGCCAUUGAUACUAGCCAUCCUGUCGGGCGUCGGGUUCGGGGUCCAGGGCGUCGUUGCAGGUUCAUGCGCUGCGGCUUAUCACAGCGCGGUACUGGGUGGAGUGAUCGUCGAAGGCUCGGCAUUUUCGAUUUUGCAAUCCACGGCAGCCUUGGGGGCAGUCCCUUGGCCGAUCUCGUUGGGUUUUGCCAUCGUAGGGGUGGCCCUCGUGGCAGGCGCUAUCAAGCUUUCGGGCGUGUUUUAG